CAGCAUUAGUGGUGGCUAUGACUGUUGUUUUUCCAAAUAAUUUUAUUACACAAAGCAUUCUCGUUUUUUUGUACAACCUCGAAGAAAUAGUUGCAUAUAUAUCGCUUGUGUUUCCGUAAUAGUUUUAAAUUGAGCUUACAAUUAGCCAAUCAAUGGACGAAUGUAGACAACAUCUGCCUUGUUCAAACCAUGAGUUGUUCCUUCAUUAAAUGGACCACGGUGCUUGCCUUUUUCAGUGGGCAAAACACAUGCUGAUAUACGCUUUUCCCUGCUUAAAUUAGAUGAAUUGAUAGUCUUUCCAUUAAAACAACCGAACCGAUACAUUUGGUCCAUAUUCAGCACUUGAAAUCUAUACCCCGAGUAUAUUUCYACAAGAGCCGGCGUUGUAAACUUAUACUUGAUAAUAUCUAAAAACAGUUAAUAUCUAAAAUGAGCUUCAGGCUUUCRCGACAGGUGAUUUUUAUUUAAUUACCAUGUUUCAUAUCAUCCGCCCUCGAGUGAUUGAAUAUCUGUCAAGGUAAUUCUCUCUCGCCCAGAGGAAACAUUUCKUCAGCAACACCGUAGCGUACUCAGCAGCCUCCUCAAGGAAAUUCUCCCCAAAAAAAUGCUCGACGCCAAUAACACUACAUCUGGUUAUGGAGUCCUUGAGUCRUAUCUCCCUGAAAACAAGAUUGGGGUUUUCUGGUGCUCAUUCUUAGCGCUUCAAGGUCUGUUGAUCACUGUUUUGAACUUUUUAACUAUUGUGACUUUUAUGAUCAACUCKCACCUUCGGAAGAGGAGUACUUAUGGCAUUGUAAACUUGGCUGUAGCGGACGUCUUCGUUGGUGCMGUSUCUAUUCCUYUGAAUGUWUAUUUGCUUGGGUUAUUUUACUCAUUCUGGGGGGAAAUGGUGCCAUUCCCAUACGAGCUUUUCAUCAUUCAAAACACUGUCUACCUUUUUACCGGAAUGGCGUCGCUCUUUGCGCUUGUCUUGAUAUCGUUAGAGCGAGUAUUGGCUACYGUUUUCCCUCUGCGCCACCGCACAACGAGCUCUUUAAUGUACGUUUUUGGAGUAGGAAUUACUUGGAUGCUUGCUGCUGUUGUCGCAGCCGUUUGGAUCUGCAGUUUUUUGUACRCAAACCUUGAAGUCUCAUUGUAUUUAUGGAUGCCAUGUUUAYUGCUGUCACUAGUAAUAAUUUGCAGUGCGUACAUYGGCGUGUAUGUCUCCGUCAAGCUUCACAACACAAGACAGCAAAACACCAAAGCGCGUGCUCCGUUCCAGAGAGAAAAAGAACUAGCAGUGACAUUGUUUAUAGUAGCGGCUAUCUCUCUGUUGUGUUGGGUGCCUUUCUCUGUCGUCCAARUAAUCAACUUUAAGGGCGGCGAUUUGCUGUCUUUGAACAUCAUCUAUGCAGCUAUUGCUAUUGCUAAUGCAAAUUCCCUUGUCAAUCCAAUUAUUUAUGUUUUCAGAAUGCAGUCUUUUCGAUACUCGUUGUAUUAUUUAAUUACAAAGUGUUCUCAUGAUCGUAGACAAAGGAAGAGAUCGUGUCAGUCUUUCACGGAUGGAUUGAUCAGUUCUAGAAGACGAACAACAAACAACGGAUCGUCAUACAAUGUUGUGAACACUGUACUUUAAAAACAAACUUUUACAAGUUGUUUUCUACAACUUUUGCAUGCAUAUAUAUAGCCCAAUUAGCAGUAGAUUUGGUUUUCCUUGAUUUCAUCUUUAAGGAAUUUGUAGCAACUGUUUUCAUGUGAUUUUUUUUCAUGCCAUUCUGAUGUAUUGUCUUAUAUAAAUGCAUAUCACUGUAGGCUCUUUAUAUUGUACAAUCCAUACAUUAAACUUGUAUCUCUUUAUACCUAGGUAUUGUCUUAUAUAAAUGCAUAUCACUGUAGCCCGUCUUUAUAUUGUACAAUCCAUACGUUAAACUUGUAUCUCUUUGCUCUCUACCUUAAUAAAUUUGUGACAUUUCUGGA